AUGGCGAGGAAGUGUGGGUGGGCCGGCCGGCUGGGGACGUGGUUGGCUAUGUCUUGCACACGCGCACACAUACCCCGGCACCACAGCCGGCAGGUGGUAGGCUACAGUAGCUCUCCCGUUGCAUUGGGCGCUUGUGGCCUCGCGACCCUAAUUCUCGCGACCCUCGCUCACCUCCCAACUCCUCUUCCCUUUCCUCACCCCACAAGUGGAGACUAUAGCUUGCCAUCCGCGCUCGGCGUAGGGCUUUCGCAUCUCCUAUCUCCUCUUCCUCUUGUUUCCUCUUCCCUUUCCUAG